UUGUGAUUUGAGUGUGAGUGCACGCGAGUUUCGUCGAGUCCGUCAUAUUUUCUUCUUUUACCGAAAAGAGCUGGCAAUGAUAUCGAAUUAAAAGCACAAUAACAUAAGCAUUUAUUAAUGAAUUAAACAUUCCAUGAAGUAUUUAUUUAUUUAUAAAGACACAAGCCAAUUGUUCAACAAAAGCCUACUUUUAAUCUCGUUAAUAGAGAAUAACUUUUUGUGUUGUCUUGUGAAGAUAAUAAACAAACGAACAAAUAAAAUACAAAGUCAACGCCCAAAAUAUUAAUUUUUCUUACAAAGAAUAAUUAUUUCACAAUAAAGAAGUUCUCAAAGUGCAAUAUUUUUUACAUAAUUCCAUAAAAAACAAACAUAACACUAGUUUCAUAUAGAAACUUGAAAAAAAAAAGUGAGAUUAACUUGAAAUAAAAAAGAAAUCGUGAAAAAAGGUCAAUAGAACAAGAAAAACGAGACAUAUUCCAGUGAAGCAAAAGAACCAGAGAAAUAACAAAACACCCAAACUAAAAUACAAGAGAAUCAUGGAGACUUCAUCGACCACAAAAACUUCCAGUUUAACUGCCCCAGCUAAAUUGUACGGCAAAGAUUUGAGUGAAUAUGAUGAUGUCGAUGUUGAAACAUUAUUGGCUCAAUUGUCGCCCGAGGAAAUUAACAUAUUGGCCAAGGAAGUCGAUCCUGAUGACAACUUCUUGCCCCCCGAUCAACGUUGCAGCUAUGAGUGCACCAAGGACCCCACCGGUCCCUUGAAUCGCAAAAAGCUCAUUGAACACAUCAACAAGCAAGCCAUUGAAACUCCCGAUCAACCAGAGUUUGAACCCUAUGUUAAGGGUACCGUGCGUGGUAAGAAAUGGGUACCGCCACCACGUGAUCAACGUGAUGUUGAGGCCGAGGAAAAGAUUGCCAUUGAUUUGGGCGAUGAAUAUGAGAGCGCUUUGAAGGAUGCUACACAAGAAGAAAUUAUUGAUUUGGCAGCUAUAUUGGGUUUCCACUCAAUGAUGAAUCAAGAUCAAUAUCAUGCUUCGCUGUUGAACAAAGGUCAACCCGUUGGCAUGGGUUGGGAUGGCAUCACCAAGUCGACACAACAAAAAGUCUAUCCCAUGGAUCCACCAAACGAUACAGACGUUGAGGAGUCCAUAAGACGUGUCAAGGAUGAUGAUGAGAAAUUGAUUGAUUUGAAUUUGAAUAACAUCAAGAAUAUUUCCGAGGAAAAAUUGGAACAAUUGAUUAAUGCACUGCCCGGUAAUGAACACUUGGAAGUACUGUCCCUAACAAAUGUCGGUUUAACCGAUAAGUUAGCUCUAUUGCUGGCCGAGGCCAUUGAGAAAAGCAAAACCUUGAGAGUAUUAAAUGUCGAAACAAAUUUCAUCAGUCCGCCUGUCAUAGUUAAAUUAGUGCAAGCCCUACUUAAGUGUCGCACCAUUGAGGAAUUCAGAGCCUCCAAUCAGAGAUCACAAGUUUUGGGUAAUAAGAUUGAAAUGGAAAUUACCGAUUUAGUGGAGAAGAACACCUCACUGCUUAGAUUGGGUCUACAUCUUGAAUUCAAUGAUGCCCGUCAUAGAGUUGCUGCACAUUUGCAACGUAACAUUGACAGAAUUGUACGUGUACAAAAACUUAAACCCAAUUUGCCCAAGCUCUUAUUGCCACCGGCCAAUCAGGGCAUGGAUUACAUUGCUCCACCUUCAAUGGAGCUAUCGCCCUCACCCUCGCCAAUACCUCGCGUCGAAUAUGAGGUCGAGGUGGAUCCUGAUAAUAUGGUGGUUCGUGGAAGUCCCAUAACACCAUCACCUUCACCCUCGCCAUCACCUCAACCUCGUGCCGACUAUGAGGUAGAGGUUGAUCCCGACAAUAUGGUUAUACGUGGUGGCGGCGGUAAUAGUGUUUUUGAUUUUGAUUUUGUGGCCUCCUCGAAUGAAGGAUCACGGAGAGUGUCCUCGGCUUCGUCGUCCAUGUCAUCGAUGUCUGCCAUAGCUGCUGCUGCUGCCGCUGAUAUGCCAGCUUAUAAUGAAGAUCUUACCAGCUAUAAAUCCCAUACCAACUAAACUGCGAUUUACAUUUCUAAGUAAAUUUUAUUAAAAGAAACACACAAAAAAUGGAAACAUAAUUACACCUACCCAGUAGUUUAGUCGCCUAGUUGUCCUGAUAUACAAAAACCAACUUAACAUAGUUUCCUUAAAACAAAAUAUCUCGGACCAUCAAAACCAAAUCUACGCCAUAUCAUCGAUAUAAAUAAUAUCUAUGUGGAUUAUAAAAUGAAAUCAAAUUAAAUUUUAAAAACAACAAUCAAUCCCCAGUCUAAUGUGAACAAUACGUGUGCAACGCCUGAAUCAACGUAAAUAAACAACAAAAUACGUUCUAGAAAAUUAUACAACAACAACAUGAUCAGAAAGCAUCCAAAACAACUACAUACGCUCCACCAAAAUUACCUACAAAAAGAAUCCAAAUAUUUGUUGUUUUGUUGAACCACCACCUAUUUCAAACCUAAUGUAAUCGUAAAAGUGUUCAUUCUUAUUAAUUACCCUGCAGCCUGUGUGUGUGAAAUCAAUUCAAUUACAACAACAACAACAGCUUAAUUUUGUGAAAACUUUAAAGCAACAACUACAACUACCACCAUACUCAACGCAUACGGAAUUGUGUGGGAUAACAAAAAAAAAAUCAUCACCAACCUCCAAUAUCCUAAGUCCCACCAAAUGGAACACAAGACUAAUUGAAAAUCCCAAGAAAAGUCCCCUCAAAACGAUUUUUGUAAAAUCUCUGGACGUCAGCGACGCAUGGGACACUUUGGCAGAAACUAUACAAUUGGCUUUUAUCAAUAGACAUCGAUGGGGAGCAGCGGUUGCGGUGCAUUAACACUCAAAAAUCACAUAAAAUUGUAUACAACAAUUUGUAUUUGUUUUUACAUAUUUCAUUAUGUAUUUUAUAAAAUAAUAUUUAUCCAAAAAGAAAUCAAAAUUGUGCAUACAUAUUUGUUUGUAUGUAUCUUUAUUAGAUAUUUAAAUUUGUUUCUUUUUUUUCACACAUUUACAAUUGUUGCAAUUUUUGUCAUUUGAAAAAAAAUAUAUAUUUUUUUUUAAUUUUAGAAAUUUUUUCAUCAUUUAAAAAAGUUUUUUUAAAGAAAUUAUUGUAAUUUGAAACUUACAAAAUUAAUGUACUAUAUUCAAAACAUUUUAUAUGACUGUAGAAAAUAGUACAUUGUGUUGUUGAAUAUUUUUGAAAAUUGAAUUGUAUAUUUUUUAGUGCUGCUACCCCUACCCACCUUCCUCCCCAGCCUCAUCUCAUUAAUAAAUUGUUGUGUGAAAUACAUUA